UUAUUAUAUUGUCUAGGCUCGUAUCUUGUAAUGUCAAAACUCUAAAUAAAAAAUAAAUAAGAUUAAAAAUCGUUUGAUAAGAUAACAUCUUCAAUUCAAUUAUGUAAAUUCAUGUGAUGUCAGCCAGUCGUAAAAUAAUGGCCGAAUUUGAUGUAAAAUUAGGCUUAAAAUUAAUUAAAGAAAGAUUUGAAAAUGCUUGUGAAAGACGAGCAGAGGAAUACAAAUAUGCAAAGCCGACUUUAGUAGCAGUGAGCAAAACUAAACCCAUAGAAUCUGUUAUCACUGCUUACGAAUGCGGCCAAAGGCACUUUGGGGAAAAUUAUGUACAGGAAUUGGAAGAAAAAGGCCACAACAAAGAUAUUUUAGAACAUUGUAAAGAAAUAAAAUGGCAUUUUAUAGGUCAUCUUCAAAGAAAUAAAAUUAAUAAGGUGGUUAACAUACCUGGGAUAUAUAUGGUCGAAACAAUUCACUCAUUUAAAUUAGCCGACAGUGUGCAGAAUGCUUGGUCAAAAUUAGAUUCAGCUAAUAAAAUUCAUGGUGAUAAAUUAAGAGUUAUGAUUCAAAUAAAUACAAGUGGUGAAAUAGAAAAACAUGGUGUUCACCCAAAUGAAGCAACAACUCUAUACAAAUAUGUGAAAGAAAAUUGCCCAAACCUACUUGUUGAUGGUUUAAUGACUAUUGGAAAAUAUGGCUAUGAUACAAGUUUAGGACCCAACCCAGAUUUUCUCACUUUAAAACAAUGUCGUGAGCAAUUAUGCAAGGAAUUAAAUUUAGAACCAAAAGAAGUUAAUUUAUCUAUGGGAAUGUCUGAUGACUUUGAACAAGCGAUUGAAAUGGGCAGCAAUAUUGUUCGUGUAGGAACUGCAAUAUUUGGGUACAGACCCAAGAAAAAUGAAAGUUAGUUUUAACUCGCUGUAGUAAAUGCAAUUACUUCUAAAACAAAUGUUCUAUGAUAUAUUUUUGGAAAUAAAAUAAGUCAAGAUGUGAUAAUCUGCAAGUGUAUUAAAUAUUACAAUGUAACAUUUUCUUCAACUUUGACGUUUCAAUUUAACGAAGGGCCUAUAAUAACCUGAGAAAAAAGAUAAUGAUA